AUGGAAAGACACAUCGCCCUGGGUGGAAAGGUCACCGUGCCCGGCUAUGGCCAAAACAAGGAGGAGGAAGAGGGCGGAACCAUGGUGGACGUCCCGGCAACGGUGGAACGUGCGCUGCCCGAACAAUACGGAGGUAGUCACGAGGUGCAACACGAACGGUUCGUUGUGAUUUUCGUGGUCCGUGGUCCGUUGCGUGGCUCACUGGUCUUCAGCCUGGAACGGAAUAUGAAGUCCAGGUCCUAUUCCAUUGGAAUGAUCAUGGUUUGCGCGGCUGGAAUUCCUGACAUGCCCGGCAGGAUUCGCCACGCUGAUGCCGAAGCAGAAGCAGAGGAUCACUUUGACAUCGAAACUCCUCCGACGCCACGCAGUACGGACGACGAGGAUGAGGACGAGGACGAGGAGGAAGGUGAAGCUGAGGAAGCAGAAGCUGAUGAGGCGCUGGAGCUGCCACCCGCUCCGCCGGUCCAAUCUGGUGCCCUCUUCUUCAAGAGAACUCAGCAGCUGACGGCGCCUGAUGAGGUUGUCAACAUGGGGAACAAGACCGCCCGGCAGCGAUGGUGGAGAUUUCGUGGUUCUGGCUUUGCGAGAGUGCAACCCGCUGAAGCUUCUGAUCCUCCAUGA